AUGAUCACUCCUGCUGUCGUUGAACCUGAACCUGAACCCGAUAUAGAGGGCUUUACUCCCUCUUCACUACAUACCCAUACCAACAACAAACAACCUACUACUGUACAUAGCCAACAGCAAAUCAACAACGUUACUCCUUCUGGAGAAGAACAGGAGAUCUACAAUAAUCAAGAUGCUUUCACCAAGUCGAUUGGACCCAAUCAAGAUGAUGAACUCCACACAACCAAACAUGGUGGCAAAGCCGGUGGCGGGAUACUUAAGCAACCAGGAUCGAGAUCAUCAUCAUUUGCCAGGACUAUCUUGAAGCCUAGAUCGAAUCGAGGUCACUCUAGAAUGCCAUCAAUCACUAUCACCGAUACCGGUAAUACCAAUGAGAAAGCUCAAGACCAAAGACAAGGACAAGUCCGCCAAUCGGUCGAUGAUGAUAGGACUGAUUUCAGUCCUCCAGCUAGAUCAAGCUCUGCACCUAAUCUAGGAGGUAAGAGUAGAUUGGCCCCACUCAAGAGCUUAUCGGUAUCUAUCCCUUUGCCACCCAAACGAGGACCACCCGAGGGCGAGGUGGAACAUUUCAAGAAGACGUUCAUUGAGCCUACCUGGAAGGAAAGUUUCAGGAACACCAUCAAAUCUCAACCUUUCUUAGUGGCCAUGCCUGUCCUUCUGCCGAUCUCUUGGGCACUGCAUUUCACUCACCAAGACCCAGUGGCCGUAUUCGUCACUUCACUGAUUGCCAUCGUUCCACUUGCUGGUGGUUUAGGUUUUGCCACCGAAGAACUUGCCCAUCGAGUUGGUGAAGCUUGGGGAGGUCUCCUUAACGCUUCGUUCGGUAACGCCGUCGAAUUGCUCAUUGCCAUUCUCGCUUUGGUCAAGGGUGACAUCGAUAUCGUCCAAGCGUCUAUGGUUGGAAGUAUCCUCAGUAAUGUCCUUCUCGUCUUGGGUAUGAGUUACUUCGCUGGUGGUCUUCGAUUCCACGAACAAUUAUAUACAGUCAUUGGUGCCCAAAUGCACAUCUCCCUCUUGGGUCUCUCGCUACUUGCAAUUGUCCUACCCGCGGCUUAUCACGUGGCCUAUCCCAACGUUCGAAAUGUCGUUUCAGACACACGAUCAGGCCUUCAGCCAGAAGGUGAAGAGCUUCAAAACCUACUCAAAAUGUCUCGAGGUUUGAGUUUCAUUCUAUUGGCCGUGUAUGGAAUGUUCCUUACUUUCCAAUUGUACACCCACGCAUACUUGUUCCGGAUACCCAAAGAGAAAGUCGCACAUCCACUUCCCGGUCCUGCACCUCAUCACGAACACGUAUUUCCUAGACCUCAUUGGGUGUCGUCCAUCGCCGAUUCGUCCUCGUCGUCCUCUUCAUCGUCUUCUUCUGGGUCAUCCAUCCGAUCUGGAAGAUCAGGACAUUCUCCAUUCAAGAGAUUCAGGCGGUUCAGCGUUUCAUCCAAAAAGGAUAGAAAACAAGCCCGUGAUGGUGCGGAAGCUGAUACCGAAGAUAAUACCGUUAUCGGUAGUGUCCCGACUUCUCAUGCUGGCGAAAAGACCUUAUCGCCGACAGUAACCAGACAAAGCCCGAGUGUUACUGCUGCCUCGCCUGUAGCCACAAGAAGUAACCCAGAUGAAGAUUACCUCCAACCACCGCCCAUCAACGAUGAUAGGGACAUUGAGGCGGCGUCUGUCUCAUCUUCACAUAACGUCAUCAUUGAUGACGAUGGUACCGUCCACGUUCAACCCAAGGUGAAAUUCUGGUUCGCCCUAGGAAUGUUAACUAUCGUUACUGGAUUGGCCGGUUUCACCGCUGAAUGUCUGGUCGAUUCUAUCGACGGGUUGACAGAAACUGGAAAUGUAUCGAGAGAAUUUGUCGGUCUGAUCUUACUGCCUGUUAUCGGUAAUUCCGUGGAACAUAUCACAGCUGUCACUGUAUCAGUGAAAGAUAAGCUAAACUUGUCCAUGUCUAUCGCCGUGGGAUCUUCAAUCCAAGUCUCACUCUGUCUUUUACCUAUCUUGGUCUUGAUAGGUUGGGCAAUUGGUCAACCGAUGUUAUUGUUCUUCGAUAAUUUCGAAACCAUCACUUUGGUUGUCUCACUGCUUUUGGUCAAUUUCGCAAUUGCAGAUGGACGAACCAACUAUCUCGAAGGGUUCGUCAUGAUGAUGGCUUAUCUGUCUAUCGCUUUGGUUUGUUGGUUCUACGAUCCAGCUGUCUAA